AUGUUUGAUGAACCUUCAAUGGAUGCUGGCGAAGACGGGACAAUGACUCAAAGUCAGAAAAGCAAGCGCCCAGCUGGUGACAAUCCUCUGCUUGUUUGGAAAGACGAACGUGAUACAUAUCUCUCGGAGAUUAUUCGGUUGGACGGACGCGGUGAAAAUGCAAGGGACUCGUGUGCAGGCUGUUGCGCCAAUCCUGCAGAAUUCCGAUGUCAGGAUUGCGAUGACAUGCAACUGUACUGUGGUACAUGCUCACUGGCAAAUUAUGCCCGGUCUCCAACCCAUCGCAUACAGCAAUGGAAUGGUAUAUUCUUCGAGAGCUCUUCCUUGAAGACGCUAGGCCUUCGAGUGCAACUCGGGCAUCCCAUCGGUCAAUCAUGCAUCCUCCCGCAGCCGGCGUUUAACGACGACUUUGUGCUUAUAGACACAAACGGAAUACACGAACUAGGACUGGACUUUUGUGGUUGCGAGACAUCCGAGACACAUGUUAAACAACUCCUUCGUCACAGAUGGUUCCCUUCCACGCCAACUAAACCUAGGACAGCGGCAACAUUUCGACUUCUGCAUUACUACCAAAUCUUAUCCUUCGAGUCGAAGGCAUCAGCCUAUGAAUUCUACCAUUCUCUUGUUCGACUCACGGAUAAUACAGGGAUGAUGAAACGCAUGCCGGACCGCUAUGAAGGAUUCAUGCGGAUGGUGCAUGGUACAUCGCAGGGCGAAUGCGCGGUGCUAUGUCCAGCAUGCCCACAGCCAGGGAAGAAUUUACCUGAGGGUUGGCAAAAUGCUUCGAAAGCAAAACGGUGGUUGUAUGCAGUAUUUUUAGCUAUUGAUGCGAACUUUCGAUUGAAAAGGCGGAACGUAUCGAGCGAUCACGCAGACCCAAGUCUUUCGAGUGGCUGGUCAUAUUUUGUCGAGGAGAAAGAGUACAAGGCCUUCCUGGCCGAACAUCUCACUGAGGCGCAGGAGAAAAGUACAUGUUCGAGCCACAGCGCUGUCAACAUGGCAGAUACAAAGCAGGCACAAGGGCUUGCUGCUACUGGCGUCGGUACAGUAGACUGUGCCCGUCAUAAUUUUAAACGGCCAAAUGGAGUCGGUGAUCUGCAAAAGGGCGAGAAGUACAUCAAUAUGGAUUAUUUAUUUUUCUCGACUUUGCGUGGUACGCAGCUCGAAAUGCUCAACUAUAUACGCUUCUUCGUGCCAAAGUUCCACCUCCCCGCACAUGUUGCAAAAUGUCAGACCGUCUUCUCGUUCAAUUUCACGCGUUAUGUCGGCCGGACGGAUGGUGAAGCCCCGGAGAGGGGCUGGUCGAAUAUCAACCCUGUGGCAUCAAGUACGAAAGCGAUGGGUCCUGGUUGUCGUCGUGACACGCUGGACGACCAUUUUGGCGAUUGGAAUUGGAAAAAGACCGUCGGGUUGGGCGCGUCUCUCCUGUACAAGAUGAAGGAUGCUCUAGCUGAGAAGGCUGCGCAUGCACUCGCAUUUGAGGAAUUUGACGCUGUCAUCACUCCCGAGCAUCGCUCUGCAUGGUUAGAAGAAAUGCAAGCUUGGGAAGAUAAUCCGAACGACACAUCGAUCUCUAAUCCGCUCGAGGCCAAAGCCAUGGCUAUAACGCAAGCAGGAGUAAGGCUAAAGCUCGCGGAGCUGGAGGCCGAGGACCUUCAGCGAGGUAUAGACUGCUCGUUGCACCCACAAAUCUCGCCUAGUGUGCUUAUUGCUUCAGGCAUAGACCUGGAGCAGGAACAGCAUCGUCUGGCCAAUAUCGCCGAGUCGAUGGGUCAACAUGCUACCGACACGCAGAAAGGCAGUCUCACGCAGAUGCGGAACUCGCUUCAUCGUAGGAUCGAUAUGUGGCGACGCACACAGGUCCUUUACCUCCCGGCCGUUCAAGGCCUUAUUGAUCAGGCAGCCACGCGUGAAGGCCACGAGAACGCCAAAUGUAUACACCUCUGGUUACCUUCAGAACUGAAAACCAAGCCGUGCGAUCCACGCCUACAAGAGGACGAAUGGGAAUUGCGCUACGCGCAGGCUCACGAUGCGCUAGAAGAAUUGCGGCAGUGUCUACGCAUUCACUGCUCCUUACUGACAUUCAAAAGGGAAUGGGUGCGUGGUCAAGGCGCGAAUACCUGUGCUCAGAAUGCCCUUGCCCGCAUCCACCGAAGGCGUACGGCCUGCGUGAAACGUUAUCGGUCAGCAUGGAUGGCGCUCAAGAGCCUAGCUACAAUCAUGAAGAAGACUGGUUGGCAGGGAAGGUUGCAGGAAUUGGCCGACACUCAUGUCAAGCCCCUCGUGGACCCAUAUGCUACUGGCGAAGGGAGACGUCAUGUAUCGUGGAUCUGGAUGAUGGAUGGCGUUGACCAUGGCAAUGAAGGUGACAACGAUGGUUUACGAAUCGAGUGGUGCAAAACCCGUGCGAGGGCACUGCGGUGGUCGGAAGAGGUCGAAUUACUCACGGAAGAGAUGCGCAGGGUGCUGGAAUUUUUUACCUGGCAGCAAGCGCGGUGGGAAGAACAGGGAAAGGCAUGCGUUGGGGAGUGUGCCGCUGACAUUGAAGGUUUGCGAGCUUAUGCUGCCCGACAGGCUAACAUCCGUCGCAGGCUUGCAGACCAUUUUCGGGUGCUGUGGGCACCCUUUCUUUCACUGGAAGGUCCCAUUGACCCGCCACCUCAGUUGGCCGAACAUUCGUUACCGGACCUCAUGAUUCCCGACAUUCUCUAA